AUGUUCACUGAUGAUGAUGAUGAUGAUGGUGAUGACGACGAGGAUACGGAUGAUGAUGGAUCGAAUGAUGAUGAUGAUGAUGAUUCGGAACAUGAUUCGGAUGAUGAUGAUGAUGAUGAUUCGGAUGAUGAUUCGGAUGAUGAUGAUGAUGUUUCGGAUGAUAAUGAUGAUGAUUCGGAUGAUGAAGAGGACGAUUCGAAUGAUGAUGAUGAUCAUUCGGAUGAUGAUGAUGGUGAUUCGGAUUAUGACGAUGAUGAUGAUUCGGAUGAUGAAUCGCAUCAUGAUGAUGAUGAAUCGCAUGUUGAUUCAGAUGAUGAUUCGAAUGAUGGUGAUGAUUCGGUUGGUGAUGAGGAUGAUGAUGAUGAUGAAGAUGACGACGAGGAUACGGAUGAUCAUGGUUCGAAUGAUGGUGACGAUUCGGAUGAUGAUGAUAACGAUACGGAUGAAGAUGAUUCGGAUGACGACGAUGGUGAUUCGGAUGAUGAUUCGGAUGAUGAUUCGGAUGAUGAUUCGGAUGAUGAUGAUGAU